GCCAUUCGAAGGAAUGCACCGCUUGGCUGUAAACGUCCUUCGCCGUCAUCCAUCAUGGAUGACUAUCCCUCACCGUGCCUUCAGCGUAGCCAACUCACCCAGCACCCUCGAGCGCAUUUGCAUCGUUGGGUCAGGGCCCGCUGGCUUCUACACAGCAAAGUACCUCUUGCAUGACCACCCCACCGUCCACAUUGACAUGCUUGAAGCGCUACCCACUCCCUAUGGUCUCGUUCGUUCUGGUGUCGCACCUGACCACCCCGAGGUCAAGAAUGUCAUGCAUGACUUUGAAAAAGUCGCCGCCGAUCCUCGCUUCUCGUUCCUCGGCAACGUCGACGUAGGAAACGACAUCACCGUGCCAGAGCUCCAGCGGUACUACAACGCGAUCGUCGUGGCUGCGGGGGCGUCCGACGACCGCAAGCUCAAUAUCCCCGGUGAAGACGAACUCACGGGUGUCCUCGCGGCUCGGUCGUUUGUGAAUUGGUACAAUGGCCAUCCGUCCUUCCGCAACUUGCAUGUGCCUCUGGACUGCGACACCGCCGUCGUUGUCGGACAGGGCAACGUUGCCGUGGACUGUGCCCGCAUCUUGACCAAAACCCGCGACGAGUUGGCGGCCACAGACAUUUCCCAGCACGCGUUGGACGCAUUAGCCGCCAGUGGCAUCAAGACUGUCUACUUGGUGGGCCGUCGCGGCAGUGCACAAGCAGCCUUUACCAUGAAAGAGCUCCGGGAAAUCACCAAGUUGCCGCACACGGACUGCAUUGUCGACCCCAACGAGCUCGCUCAAAGCAUGAACGACGCCUCCGCCGAGGAAAUCCAGUCGUCGCGCCCUCAGCGCCGCAUCCACGAACUGCUAACUACGGUGGCAUCCAGACCAUCGGGUGGCCACCCCAGUGCCAUUCGAAUUCGUUUUCUCUUGUCCCCCGUCGAACUCUUGCCCAGUGCUAGCGACCCAUCACGAGUCGGCGCCAUCAAAGUCGAAAGGAACGUGCUCCAAGGCGCGCCGCAUCACCAGCGCGCCGUCAGGGCGGGCGCGUUUGAAACCAUUCCGUGCGGCCUUGUGCUUCGUAGCAUCGGGUACAAGUCCAUCCCGUUCGCGGGGGUGCCCUUUGAUGUCAAGCGCCAUGUGAUUCCCAACGUGGCCGGUCGCGUGACUGCGUCGGCGUCCCCCGACGCGCCCGUGGUGCCAGGUCUGUACUGCGCGGGGUGGAUCAAGCGCGGUCCGUCCGGCAUCAUUGGUACCAACAUCAACUGCGCAAGAGACACGGUGGCGAGUGUGCUAAGUGAUGAAGGGUCGCUGCCCCCGCUGACGUUGCAGCCCGUUGCCGAACUUCAUGCUAAGCUGCGCGAGUCGGGGGCUCCGAUUGUGGACUGGGACAUGUACCGACGCAUCGAGGCGGCAGAGGACGCGGCGGGGGCGGCCAAGGGCAAGCCGCGGGAAAAGCUCACGUCCAUCGAGGACAUGCUGGCUGUGGCCACACAGGGCCACUAAGGCGCGCGCGUGCCAUCGGUCGUACGUCGUGGAGUAGAAUAUCACAACACACUCACCCGGCUGGAACGAAAUAUUAGUCAAGUCUCGUGCAACUGUUGUUACAACAUUAUAAAGUAAUAUAAGGUUGGAAAGUC